GACUGACAAAAAUAAGUGAAACGUGAAUCGGAAUUGUUGCGUGAAACUUCGCUGUAAAUUCAAAAUGUGUUUUAUUUUCUCGUUUCCGUUCAGCUUUUGAAAAUUAAAUUUUCAAGUAACCACGAGAACGAUAGUGCCUCCUCAUCGCGGAAAGAGUCACAGAAGCACCUCCGCUAACCCUCGAUUCGAAUUGGUUCAAAUGCAGCCACGAUAACCACAACGACAAACGGUUGCAACAACGGCGUUAGGUGCGAAGGACAAGCCACCCGCCACCCACGCUUAAAUCACAGCUGAGAGCCAGAAAGAGACAGCAAGUCGCCCUCGAGAAGAGAAGAGAAGCAAGAAUCGAAAAAGCUCUGAAAGCACACCAACACAACACCAAAAGCAUUAAAACUGCAGCAGAGCGACCCCAUCCCACACAUCACACUCACACCAGCGCCACGAGCAUCGAACAUUGCAUCGGGCAUUGAGCAUAGGGAGGGACACACACUGACACUGGGAGGAAGAAGAUGGAUCUUUUCGAUAUGGACGACGUUGUAGUGGGCCCCCGGACGAGUGCAGCACCCCGCUGAAGGAGUGGCGGCUGAAACUCCAGGCUGGCACACUGACACGCAACGACUUCAUCGAGUUCUUCAAGAAGGAGUCGCCCAAGUACUUUGACUACGAGAACGAGCUGGACACAGUGAAAUGCAUGUUCAAAGAAGCCCUGGCCAAGGAGGAGAUAAUCGAUGUUCUGGUCGAGUUCAUGCUUGGCGAUAACCCAAAAUCGGCGCUGGAGAAGCUGCGGCUCGAGGGCAACACCGCUACCGUCUGCGGCAAGGUGUUCAAAAAUGGGGAGCCCACCUACAGUUGCCGGGAGUGUGGCAUGGAUCCCACCUGUGUGCUGUGCGUAAACUGCUUUAAGCGGUCGGCGCAUCGCUUCCACAAGUACAAAAUGUCCACCUCCGGCGGCGGUGGCUGCUGCGAUUGUGGGGACAAUGAGGCCUGGAAGAAGGAUCACUAUUGUCAUCUGCAUUUGGAUAAUCGAAAGAAUCCGCUCGAAAGCAAGAUCAUCAGUGGGGCCGUUUUGGAGCGCAGCGAGAUCUGCUUCAGUUCCAUUCUGGCGUUUUGCGUCAACUAUCUGGAGAUCGAGCCGAACGCCAGUCUGAAGUGCCUCGACGGGGAGGGGCUGGAGCUGGAUGGGGCGCACUUUUGCACGGUGCUGUACAACGACGAGUCGCACACGUUUGACCAGGUCAUCCAGACGCUGACAAAGAUCGCCAAGUGCCGCCACAAGGAGGCCAUGGAGAUAGUGGCGGCCAUAGACCGCGAGGGCAGGGCCGUGGUCAAGUGCGACACGUUCAAGGCGUGCAACGAGCUGAAGAUGGCCAUAGAGAACCAGAUGAUACCACCGAGCGGUCUCCUUAGCAAUCUCCGCAACAACCAGUCGCUGCGAACCUCCGUGCUGCACAUCAACUCGGUGGCCUGCCAGCAGUUCGCCCUCCAGCUGCUUAGCUGGUUCCAGGAGUUCCUUGUCCGCCACUACCUCUUCCGCAAGACCUUCUCCGAGCUGGUGCAGCAGAAGCAGGAGUCCUUCUGCAUCCGCCACAUCCUCGAGUGCGACGUGAAGCUGUGGAAGACCGCUCGCACCUGCUGGCACCGCCUCCUCAUCUCGGGCAUGCUCAUGGAGUACGAGAACAAGAUGGUGCUGGCCCAAGAGUUCUCACGCCGCUACGCGACAAUCGUAGAGGACUUCAUCAACGAUGACCACGACCACGCCUUCUCGAUAGUCUCUCUCAGUGUGCAGCUCUUCACCGUCCCCAGCAUUGCCCAUCGCCUGAUCGCCAAGGAGGGCAUAUUCGACAAGCUGCUGCACACAUUCUACUACGUGGCCAUCGAGAAAUUCAUCCUCAAUCGCACCCUCCACUUCAGCAAGAACAUUGCCAGCCUGACCUUCUUCAAGCGAGCCAACUAUAUUCUGUACGACCUGCGCUAUCUGCUCAGCCUCAAGCCAGACGUUCUGAGCAAUGAGCUGCGCACUGGAUUUCUAGAAGGCUGCAAGGCUCUGAUGCGAGUCCUAAAUGUGAUGCAAGGCAUGGAGUCGAUUACUCGCCAGACGGGACAGCAUAUGGACUACGAGCCGGAGUGGGAGUGCGCCUUCAAUCUGCACAUAAAGCUGGCCACGACCAUUUCGCAGGUGAUCGAGUGGGCAUCCACCGACAAGACGCUGCUGCACAAACUCUACAAGAUGACGGUGCGGGCUCUGGUGAGCAACAACUUUAUUGUCGGAGGCGAGGAGGCGGAGGCCAAGAGUGUGGCUGGACAUGUGGCCAACUGCCUCAUAUACGAUGUCUCGGUGCGGCCGGUGUCCAUUCAUCUGCCAUUGACUCGCUUUUAUGCCGGGAUCUACCUGCAUCUGGGGUCACACGACCUAAGCUACGACUGCCUGGUGGCCGAAACCGAGGCGCUGAACAUCAAGAUGACGCCGCGCGAGAUCAUAGAGCCGGUGCUGUGCACCCAUGCGAUGAUUGCCCAGGUGGCCGCCGGAAUGUGGCGCCGCAACGGCUACUCUCUGCUCCACCAGCUGUACCUCUACAGAAAUGUGCGCUGCCGCGUCGAGAUGCUGGACAGGGACAUUGUCUGCCUGCAGAUUGGUGCCUCUCUUAUGGAGAGCAACGAGUUCCUCAUCCAUGCCCUGAACAAGUUCAAUCUGAUCAGAUGGGCCCAGUCCAACUACGAAUCGAAGCUGGCCGAGUCCCCCCUCGACGAUGAGUUCAUGCGCCAGCUGUCAAUGAUCGACGAGUUCCUCGAGCUGCUCAUCGUCAUCAUCGGGGAGCGCUGGAUGCCCGGAGUAUCGCUCGUGACCGAGGAAGAUCGCCUGCGCAAGGAGAUAAUCCAGCUGCUGUGCAUCAAAUCCUACUCCCAUUCGGAGCUGAGUCGCGCCCUGCCUGACACCACCGGCGGCAACAGUGACAGUGUCUUCGAGGACGUCAUCAACACGGUGGCCACGUUCAAGAAGCCCGUGGGUGCCGAUCGGAAGGGCGUCUACGUUCUGAAGGAGUCGCUGUUCGAAGAAUUCAACGUGUACUUCUAUCACUACACCAAGGAGGAUAAAUCAAAGGCCGAGGAGCUGCAGCGGGAGCGUCGCAAGGCCAAAAAGGAACUGGUCUGCUGUCCGCCCCCCAUGCUGCCGCAGUUGACUCCAGCGUUCACGUGAGUCCGCUUGAGGAUA